UUACUUCGAAGUUUUCCCUGCUGUAUGCAUCUUGUGUUUGUAUUGUAUUGGGUCUAAUCAUUCAUUGAUCUAAUGUUGCCAUUGGUUUUCAACCGACAAUGUCUUACUGUAUCAAGCUUCGACCCACCUUGUCAAGUCUGAUGCAGCUUCUGUACUCUGUACUACCAUGCCAAGCCUCAUUCAGGCUGGGUCGAGUACCACACACACCACAACAAGUUCUUCCUAACAUCUUCGCAGUCUCCGUACUAAUGUCAACCUCCACACUUACCCAUGCCGCGUCAAUGCCUUGUGAAUGCCGUGUCACUGCCUCGUCACACCUACCACAUGUAGCGUCACUGCUGCGUCAGACCCCACCCUGCGCGUCAGCACUUCAACUGUCGGUGUAACUUGGACGUCGUACACUGUAGUUGUUCAUAGACAGCAAUAAAAUCAUUUACUCAGCAUUCUACGAGUACUCCAAGUCUUCGAUAAA